AUGUUGGCUACAAAUUAUAGAAGUUUGAUAUUGGUGAAACGCCAAUUCUCUAUAACCAGUUCAUUAUUAAAGAAGAAUUCCUCAUCACGUAAAGGUUCACAUGAUAAAGGCAAUUCUAAAAAUGGUGCCGGUCAAGUUGAUGAAGAAGUAGAGAUAAUUGAUGUCAAAGGUUAUAUUGCUGAUGCUACUAAAUUGUUUGAUGAAAGUUUAGAAUUGCAUAAUAAAAAAUUGAAUGAAAUUAAACAAGGUAGAGCUAAUCCGAAGAUAUUUGAUGGAUUGAAGCUUCAUAAUGGUGCUAGUUUUAAAGACGUUGCUCAUACAUCUCUCAGGGGUAAGAACUCUUUAUUAAUAACAGUCUAUGAUCCUAAAGAUGCCAAAAAUGUUAUUAGUGCAAUAAUGGGUGCUGGAUUGAAUUUGAACCCUGAAAAAGAUCCUAAUAACAGUCAACUUUUAAAGGUUUUAUUACCUCCACCAACAACUGAAUCACGUAUGAAUUUAGUUAAGGAACUUAAGAUUGUCUUUGAAUCUUUUAAGAGUUCUUCUAUGAGAAAUUCAUUGGCAUCUGUAAGAGCUGAUAUUUUAAAAGAGAUGAAGAAACUUGAUAAAAAAGAUGAUUCAGUUCGAAAAGCAAUGCAAGAUCUUGAGAAAUUGCAUAAAGACUAUGCCAAGAAAUUGCAAGAUCAACUAAAACAGGCAGAAAAAACCUUGAUGAGUUGA